AUGAAGGGUUCCCAACUCGUUGUGUCUAUCUUAAGCGCUCUGGUGCGCGUUCAUGCCGCCUUCCCAGACUGUACCAAGGCCCCACUUCUGGGCACGACGGUUUGCGACACAACCAAACCGCCAACCACUAGGGCGAAGUCGCUCAUCGCGAUGUUCACCACGGAAGAGAUGAUCGCAAACACGCCCUACAACUCCCCCGGUGUCUCUCGACUCGGUUUGCCAGCUUACACAUGGUGGUCUGAGGCACUGGUGAGCGAUGACUUACUGCCCUUCCAAAAGAAAUCUCACACAAAAGAACUGCAGCAUGGUGUCGCGUUUAGCCCAGGCGUGAGUUUCGCCGAUUCAGGCGAAUUCAGCUUCGCGACUUCUUUCCCGGAAAAUAUCCUUCUCGGUGCGACAUUUGAUGACGCACUCGUUGAAGCGGUCGCAAACGUAAUUUCCACGGAGGCCAGGGCGUUCAACAAUGUGGGCAGGGCAGGGCUGGACUUCUUCACGCCUAACAUCAACCCGUUCCGCGACCCACGAUGGGGUCGUGGUCUAGAGACGCCUGGCGAGGACAGUUUCCGUGACGCCCAAUAUGUCUUCAGUCUUGUCAAAGGCCUCCAGGGUGGCAUCAAUCCGUCGAUCUUCAAGGUUGUCGCCGACUGCAAGCAUUUUGCGGGGUAUGAUUUGGAAAAUUGGGAGGGAAACAGUCGGUUCUCGUUCAACGCGGUUAUUUCCCAGCAAGACAUGGCCGAAUAUUACCUCCAGCCAUUCCAAAGUUGCGUGAGAGACGCGAAAGUAGGCUCAGUGAUGUGCAGCUACAACGCUGUGAACGGAAUUCCGUCUUGCGCCAACACCUGGCUCCUCCAGACAGUUCUACGCGACUUUUGGGGUUUCGAUGACGAGCGGUUCGUGGUAUCGGACUGUGAUGCCAUCGGAAAUUUCAUUGACCACGAUUUUUCGCCCGAUUUGGCUCAUGCUGCGGCAUCGGGAAUGAAUGCGGGCACAGACAUUGACUGUGGUUCGACCUACCCGGACAAUCUUGGUGAUGCGCUAUCUGCGGGUUUGGUCAACACCUCAACCAUCGCGCGAGCUUUGACACGCCAGUAUACCACUCUUGUGCGUCUUGGAUAUUUCGACCCCCCAGCCUCUCAGCCCUUCCGUCAAUUGACUUUCGCGGCCGUCAACGCUCCCAGCUCCCAAGCACUCGCUUACCAAGCCGCAAUAGAAGGUAUCGCGCUUCUGAAGAACGAUGGUACAUUGCCUUUGUCCAAGGGCAAAAAAGUGGCUAUCAUUGGUCCGUGGGGAAAUGCCACCACCCAAAUGCAAGGGAAUUAUCAAGGAGAGGCACCAUUCCUCAUCAGUCCACUUGCUGCCGCACAAACAGCGGGUCUCAAGCCCACAUUCGCCGCUGGGGCAGCAAUCAACUCCUCCGACACCAGUGGUUUCGCAGCAGCGAUAGCGGCCGCUCGAUCAUCCGACGUUAUUCUGUAUUUUGGCGGGAUCGAUACGUCUAUUGAGGCAGAGGGUCACGAUCGAGACGUCAUUUCGUGGCCACAAACACAGCUGGACCUGAUUUCUCAACUGGAAACUUUAGGCAAACCGCUUAUAAUAACGCAGUUCGGCGCAGGCCAGAUUGAUAGCGCAGCAUUGAAGAGUAGUAAAAACGUGAGCGCUAUCAUCUGGGGUGGAUAUCCAGGCCAGAGUGGAGGAACCGCUGUCAUAGACAUCAUUACGGGCAAAGUCUCCCCGUCUGGUCGACUGCCCGUGACCCAGUACCCUGCCGACUUCAUCCAUCAAGUACCGAUGACAGAUAUGUCUAUGCGACCAAGCUCCACCAAUCCUGGUCGGACAUACAAAUGGUUUACUGGAACUCCGACAUUUGAGUUUGGAACGGGUUUGAGCUUCGGGUCAUUCGCGUUGAGCUUUGCCGGGACACCUAAAGCGACAUAUGAUAUCCAAGAUCUUGUCAGUGGCGCCAGAGGGGCCACCCAUCUCGAUUUGGGAUCCUUCGACACAUUCCACGUUGACCUGCACAACAAAGGCACCGUCGCAUCAGACUUCAUUGUGCUGAUGUUCGUCAAAACGACAGCAGGGCCAGCGCCGUUCCCAAACAAAUCCCUUGUUGGCUACACACGAGCGAAAGACGUCAAAUCCGGCCAAAUUUCGACCGCUAGUGUUACCGUAACAUUGGGGAGCAUUGCGCGAACGGAUGAGAGCGGGACUGCAUGGCUUUUCCCGGGAGAUUACUCGUUGUUGGUCGACGUGCCCACGGCCAUGACCCAUAAUUUCCGGUUGACAGGCAGGCAGGCAAAAAUUUCUAGUCUUCCUCCUCCUCCAUCGUAG